UGGGGAGAGUAGGAAAGAAAGCGACGCGAAAACGCGAUUGAAUUUGGGCACCGCCGCUACCCGUAGUCGGCGUCUCCAAUAUGGCUGCUCCCCAAGAUGUCCACGUCCGAAUCUGUAACCAAGAGAUUAUCAAAUUCGACCUGGAGGUGAAGGCUCUUAUCCAGGAUAUUCGAGACUGUUCAGGACCCUUAAGUGCACUUACAGAACUGAAUACUAAGGUGAAAGAGAAGUUUCAACAGUUACGACACAGAAUACAGGAGCUUGAGCAGUUGGCUAAGGAGCAAGACAAAGAGUCAGAAAAACAGCUUCUACUCCAGGAAGUGGAAAAUCACAAAAGACAGAUGCUCAGCAACCAGACCUCGUGGAGGAAAGCCAAUCUCACUUGCAAAAUUGCAAUUGACAAUCUCGAGAAAGCAGAGCUUCUCCAGGGAGGAGACCCUUUACGGCAAAGGAAAACUACCAAAGAGAGCCUGGCCCAGACAUCCAGCACCAUCACAGAGAGCCUCAUGGGGAUCAGCAGGAUGAUGUCACAGCAGGUCCAGCAAAGCGAGGAGGCUAUGCAGACUCUAGUCAACUCUUCACGAACUAUCCUGGAUGCAAAUGAAGAAUUUAAGUCCAUGUCAGGCACCAUCCAGCUGGGCCGGAAGCUCAUCACAAAGUACAACCGCCGAGAGCUAACGGACAAGCUUCUUAUCUUCCUUGCCCUGGCCCUUUUUCUUGCUACUGUCCUCUAUAUUGUGAAAAAGCGCCUUUUUCCAUUUUUAUAAGAUGUGAGAGCUACCACCUUUGGCCUCAUCACUCUUGUUUUCCGAUCCAUCUAGGAUCCGAGCUCUAGCCAGGCUGCCAAAUUGAGACACAUCCUCCGCGUAUGCUCCAGCUGCUCAGCGGAUCAGGUGGAAGAAAGCAGCUCCUCUGUUUUCUGCAAACGUAUGCCUUGCAAAGAGCAAGCAGAGCAGUGGGGGGCAAGCACCCCUACAGGAUACAGACUCUAAACUUACCCAGCCAUCGGACACUUUGGGUGGCUACUGCUUGGAGCACUUGGAGUCCAACCCCUGAGAUUUUUUGCUCUUUUCUCCCUCACUCGGAGGCUUCAGGGCCAGAUGUGGUGGAGGGGAGAGAAAAGGUGAGAAGAAAGAAGAACUGGUCAUUCCUUGAAUAAACUUGAAUAAACUUCUAUUUAAUAGAAUGAAAGAUGUUGAGUUUCACAAGAUUCUGCUCUGGGAAUUUAUGUGCCUCUUUUAUGACUUUGAGAAUACAAGUUUAGAUAUUGAACAAAGAAUUAGCCGCCACAUGCCAUGUGUCCUAGAUACUGCUGAACAUCACACAUACACCACUAAACCAGACACUGUUCAUCUGUCAAGCAGCAACAGAAAUAAGACCUCACAGCUGUUAGGAAGGGCAGUGCAAAUAGCCUUCUAUUGGAAGUGGCUCAUCCCAACUUCUGAAAAUGCCAAGGUAGAGGUCUCAUCCUCUGUAACAGUACCCUGGUGGCUCCUAGGUGCG